CACAGAAAAGGGUGAAGAACAGAAAUGAUUGAAGUGCUCUAUUUGGUAUACUUUAUUAUUUGUAGCAACUUGUAUCAGUUUUGUACCAGUAGCAAUAUAAAUAGUAAGAGAUUGUUACUCAAUGAUCCGGAUGUGAUUAAUAAUCGUCUCAUUCGACUGGAAGGUAUUGUUUCCAUGCUGAAUGCUUCAUUACAACAGGUGACUACUGAAAAUCAGAAACAAGAACAGGAAAAUCAACAGCAAAAUCAGGAGAUUCAUAGACAAAAUCAGGAAAUUCUUCGACAAAAUCAGGAUAUUCAACAGCAAAGAUUGACAAUCCAGACACAGGAUAAAAGUAUUCAACAAUUGUCUUCAAACACUCAAUCUUCUGGAGCCACCUAUAUCAGAUGGGCACGGAAGCAAUGUCCUGGUAAUGACACAGAACUUGUUUAUUCAGGUUAUGCUGGUGGUAGUUUUUAUGAUCAAUAUGGUGCCGCAGCAGAAUAUGUAUGCUUACCUCCAGACCCGGAUUUCGUGAAAACAAGUGGUGGUGAAUAUGGCCGUAUGUUUGGUGCAGAAUUCGACUCAAACUUCUUUGCUAGUAAUUCUAAUGAUGAAGAUGUUCCGUGUGCCUUGUGUAGACCAAAACAUUCGGCAUCUACAAUUAUGAUACCUGGUAAAAAUACUUGCUACCCCGGAUGGAAAAUGGAAUACUACGGUUACCUUGCAUCUGGAUAUCAUUCACAUAAAGCAGCAAGCUCCUUUGUAUGCGUAGAUAUUAACCCAGAGUAUAUAAUAGGAGGGUUAGAUUCACGCAAUGGUAAACUGUUUUAUGAAGUUGUCGCCAAAUGUGGAUCACUAAAAUGCCCUCCAUACAAGCCAGAUCAUCCCCUCACUUGCGUUGUUUGUACAAAAUAA